AUGUCUGUGAUCAAGAUAAGGCUGUCAAAUCUUAGCCUUCAGGGUACACUUUCCAGUCUCGACUUCGCAACCUUUCCUAAUCUCCUCUACUUCGAAAUAAAUUCCAACCGAUUUGAAGGAAAAAUUCCACACGAAAUUGGUAAUUUGUCCAGUAUUUUGAUGUUGAGCUUGUCAGAUAAUCCAAUUAAGGGUCACAUUCCUCCUGAAAUCUGGAAUCUAACCACUUUAAAUAUUCUUGAUCUUAGUUCAUGUAAUCUCACAGGACAAAUUCCCCAUGAAAUUGGAAAUUUGAGGAAUUUGAAUCUCCUAUUGCUUGGACAAAAUUCCUUUUCUGGUCAUAUUCCUGAAGAGAUUGGAAUGUUGAGCCAACUUUUGGAGCUUGAUUUGGGAAGAAAUUCUGUUAGGGAGAAUUCCAUCAUCAAUUGGAAACUUGACCAUGUUAGAAAAUCUUUAUCUUUAUGA